UGGCUGCUCACUAGAAUUCUGGAUGACAUGUGCUCCAUUGCCAUGAAGGCAGGGUUUUCUCCCGUCAGUCUCAUUCCUGCCGAUCUCGAACGGGAUGAACUCGCUAAUGAGAUCGUCAACUCAUUUCAGUAUAUUACCAAAGUAUCGGACAUCAUUUUUCAACGCUUAGAUUGCAAACUCAGUGAUGUCAGGGCACGAUUGGAUCGUAUCAAUGAACGUGCGGAGACUGCAAGGGAAAAAGUUGCCAAGAUUACGGGGUCCACCAAGGCUUUGAGGGUAUUCAGCAGUGCCAAGUAUCCAGGAGAAGAUGAGAGGAAAGACUAUGAGAGUGCCUUCAAAACUGGGACAAUGCCAUUGCCUCCAGGAAGGGAUGUGACUCUUGUUUCCAGUGGAAAGCCCUUGGGGAGGCUUACUAAUAGGGGUAAUAUGCUAGAGAAGCUUGAGUUCUUCUAUGUCAAGCUGCCCGAUGACGUUUCAGCUGAGUAUAAAGAUGAGGGUGGUUUAGGUUCCCUUCCACACUCUCUCGUGUCAGUUGAUUCUCUUCUUCUUUUCAACACCUCCCAGAAUCCGUACAAGAAGUACACUCUCUUUGAUCCCUUAUCUGGGGGGAUGGUUCGAGUGCAUCGUCCAGAAGUGUCUCAGCAGAACCAAGAGGGUGGAUUAGCUGAAGCUCCUCAUUCUAUUCUCCAAGGAGAACAACUUCAGAUGGUUGAGAAAGAAUCAUACUUUUACACCCCUGGACUGGGGGAUAUUCCAGACUUUGAUGCUCCUCCAGCUCUCCCUGAUCUCCCAGGGGUAGCUGAUGAUUUGACAUAUAGUGGAGAGCUGGGUCCAGGUAUUGCACCAUCCAUACCAGAAUCUCUGAGAGCUGCUUUGCCAGAUCUCUCUGAAUUAACUGAAAAUAAUGUGAUACAUUCAAGCUCUACCCAAUCAUCUGCUAAUAUUCCCCCUCCUCCUAUCUGCUUUCCUUCCAUCCCUGUGAGCAUCCCUAAUAAAGAUGCAACUGAUGCACCUCCUAUUCCUCCACCACCUCCUCCUGCCCCUGCAUUAACAGUUCCUCCUCCACCUCCUCUACCUCCUCCUGCAUCCAUGUCAAUACCUCCUGCCUAUUCCUCUCCUCCUAUUGAAGUUGUUGCUGAGAGACCAAUUCAGUUACCUUCAGACAACUGUACCGAUGCUCGUGCUAACUUGUUAGAGGAGAUUCGCAGAGCUGGGGGGACACGCAAUGCCAAACUUCGUUCUGCUGAGCAGCGUAAGCUUCAGGACAUGAAGAAGAGGAAGGAUGCAAAGGAGACACCAGGAGCUGUUGGAGGUGGAGACCUCAUAGAAGCUCUUCGAAGAACAUUAGAAAAGAGACAAGCAGCCAUGUCAGGAUUGCAGCCUGCUACAUCAUCUACUGCUCAAAGAAAUAGUGAAGAUGAUGAUGACUGGGCUGAUUAAUAUUUAUGCAAGAUACUGUGAUUGCACUGAUUACCAAUUUUUCCAUUUGGGAUAUCUUCCAUUAUGCUGUUAUAAUGGUGAUGUACACCCUUUGUGUUAUCUUUCUAAAGCCUUAUCUUUAUCGUUGAGGUGAGAGUUGUUUUUUUUUCCUCGUGG